AGGAAAAAUGGCGGACGAUUUGUACUUAGCAACUAAGUUUUUCAAAUAGAAAGAAUAUUCUCUGAAUUUCUUUCCUUGUUCUAACUUUAUUUGAAUUUCAAGCGAUGGGAAGUGCGUAGUACCCUCUAAGGAUGCCAUCUGGCAAGAGUCGUACUAAAGAUGACACAUGGAAGGAAGCUGAUCUAAAAAAAGCUCUCCAGGUUGAUAAAAAGAAAGACAGAAGUGAUGAGAAGUCAAAGUCAAGUGAAAGAAGGUCCGAUCGUGAUGAGGAUAGAAGAAGAAGGAAGGAAGCAAGGGAUGAUAUAGCAAAUGGAGAUGACAGGGAACGCCGUAGAAAAGAGAAAGAUUCUGAGAGAGACAAAAGAAAGGACAGAGAAAGGGAAGGGGAGAGGUCAAGCAAARGUAAAGAAUCUCGACGAGAUAAAGAAAAGCAAAGAGAACCUGGAGGAGAGAGUAGUGGUAUAGGUAGAGAAGRUAAAGGAAGUAGAGAUCACGAUGAUAGAGARCGAAGGARAACACGAGACAAAGAAAGUGACAGAGAAAGRCGACAUAGAUCUAGAAGAGAACCUGAUGAUCAURACAAAGAYGAMGGAAAAUCAAGGGAUAAAGAAAGAACAAGUGAAAGAGACAAAGAACAACAUAGUAGAAGACGAGAGGAGAAAGAAUCAAGUAGUCAAAAUAGAGAUGCUGAAAGGAGAAGAGAACGUGACCACCGGGACAGAAGAAAAGAGAGGGAAAAUGAUGAUUUAUUGAAACCUAGAGAUGAAAAUAGAGAAAAAAGAAGGGAAAGGACAAGAGAUAAAGAUGGUAGAGAGAGAAGAAAAGACCGCCAUGAUGAUGGCUCAAGAGAAAGAAGGGAGAAGUCAAGAGAUGAUAGAGACAGAAGAAAAGAACAUGGUGAUAGUUCUAGGGAAAGAGGAAGAGAUAAAUCUAGGGACAGAGAAGACAGACAUAGAAGAAAAGAAAAAGAAAAGCAUGAAGCAGAGAAAGAAAACAGAGCUCAACGUAGAGAAAAAGAGAUGCUGGCAUCCCUACAAAAGGAAGAGGAUUUAAGAUCCAAACAAAGUAUAAAAGGAGAAAGRUUUAGAGCUGAUACUUUAGAGACUGCUGAUGUUGUAGAUGAAGAAGAAGUUGGGAAUAAAAGACAAAAUUUAUCUGGUCAACAAGGAUCAUCUACACAAGCUGAGGAAAUUGAAGAAGAUGGUGUAGCUGAUGAUUAUGAUGAUGACUUUGAGGACUACGAGGAUGAUUUUGAAAAUGAAGAAGAGGAACAAGAUGACGGUGAAGAAGAAAAUACCACAAAUGCUGAGGAUAGAAAUGCAGGAAUGCAAGAGCUUUUAAAAGCAAUCAACUUAGAAAAUGAAACUGUUAGGGCGUUAUCUCGUGAAGGAAGCAAACUAUCAAGGUCUAGCGAUGAUGAUUCUAAGAGAGACACUCCUUCAAGYUCUGUAACACCUACMGCAAGAGGGCGAAUAAACUUUGUAGCUGCCAAACAGAAGCAAAUCAGUGAAAAAGUUGCGUCGCGGACGAGAAAGAGGGGGCAGGAGUUGAUGCAUCUAAUUGACUUGGACGUUGCCGUAUUUGAAAUGUUUGACCUUCCUCCAAUGAACGAGUACGACCUGUAUAUCAAGAACUUUGGACGCUCAGAUACUACACAGGCAUAUGUCCAGUGUAAUGAUGAUAAUCUUGAGAAAGAAAUCCAAACAGAAGAAAUCGAAACCAGGACAAUGUGGACUCAAAACCCAGCUGAGACUUUUGCUGGCUGUGGAGGAGAGGAUGGAAGUAAAGAUSAUCUUUCAGCGAUUGAUAAUCGACCAAUUAUCGAUAGUAUUCGGCUGRCGCGAUUCUUGGAAAGCGCAGGUCAAGUUUGUCUUGUGCUACUUGAAGAAGCUUCCGCUGACAAGUCUAGUACAAUGGUCAAAGAAAAGAAGGAUAUGACGUGUAGUGAUGGGUAUAUACCGCUGGCUACAAAACAACCAUAUCUCGCAGGUCGUGUCAUCGAGUCAAUACACAUCUCACCUGUCCAGUCACACUUCCUUUURACAGCGUAUGGACCCGUAGUGAACCCAACUAAGAAAACUUCAACACAGGACAUCGAUGUCAUAAGUACAAAAAGUGUUGUCUGUCUGUGGAAUGUGAAUGAACCUUCACAGCCUCAAAAAGUUCUUCUUUGUGAAUCUGUGCCACUUUGCUGCUGUUUAAGCCCAUCCAAAGCAACAAUUGCGUUUGCUGGCUUGGAGGAUGGGUCUGUUGUUUCUUGGGAUCUACGAGAGUCCUCYCCAGUCCACCAUACAUUAAACAUAGAAAACACCCAAGUAACAUUCAGGCCACCCACKUUUAGUACAGCUGGUGUUCUUUCCCAAGACAAUCAUCACAGUCCAGUUGUAUCCCUUAGGCCAGUCGUCAUGCCAGGAGAUAGUAUGAAGGCGUCUUCUAGCUUGGGCAGCGGUUUACGUGCAGACGACAUGGUCGGUCUUUCCUUUCAACUUGCUUCACUAGAAGAAGACGCUGUUGUCCAUAUAUGGGUUGUCGUCGAACUUGAUGCCGCUGACAUAGCGGGCUCAGAAUCAGAUUUGGGGCUAGCCCCAGGAGGAAAAAUUAAGCUGAUCAAAAGUGCGUCUCUUACGCUAGAACUGCCGAUGAGAGGUAUACGGAAAACUACGGCAUUACAAACGUUUUGUAUGCGACURUUACCUCAAGAUCCCAAUCACUUUUACGUAGGAACUGAUACGGGAUGUGUACUACAUAGRAUAAGACAUGGUGGCAGAGCCCCUCCCAGGGCWUACAAACCRAAAACCGACUGCUUAGUUGACGUCACAGCAAUUGAUGUAUCGCCAUGGCAACUUCCUUGCAUUCUGGCUGGCAGUAGAGAUGGGAGUGUCAGACUGUAUCAUCUGAAUAACGAAUAYCCACRUAGCACAUGGACCAAYUCAACCCAAGGUAGUCCAAUAGUGUCCGUCCAAUGGUCUCGUAGUGUACCGAAUGUAUUUUUUGUUCUCGACGACAACUCCAUUUUAYACACWUGGAAUCUUUUGCAAAAUGAGUCUUCACCAGUCGCGAUCGAUAAAAUAAAGCAAGGAAGGGUCGUGUGUUUUGAGCUGUCCAGUGAUUACACUGCCAGUGGUAUUGGCGUUCCUGGAAGAAAUCCAGAAAUGGUUCUUGGUUAUGAAARUGGAACGGUUGAGGUGCAUAAAAUAAGCUCACGGUAUUCAAAAGCCUCUGCAGAUGAACUGGACAGGUUUAACGACUAUUUGGARGCAGUGAUGUGACGACCCACUCGACAUGACAUCGCCACGAUAAGUAGAUAGGAAGCUAACUAUACAUAGUUUAACCCACUAAUAUUGUAUAGAGAUUACAGCGGAACCUCGUUAAUCCGGCCACCCAUUGGUCGUUUAAGGGGGUAGGAAAGUAUGGUGAUUUUUCGCCCGGUCGUUAUGACAAGGUGCCCGUGUUAMGCGGGUGGYCGUAAUGUGGGGUACUGUAUGUUAUAUAAACACUGGUAUUCGUGUCCCUGAACUAUACUACUACUGAGAAUUGCAAGAAUUUCACUAUAUCUUUGUUUAAUGCAUCAUUGUAAAAAUACGCUUUCAUGCAGUCAUUCAUUUGUAUCACAAACACCUAGUAGAGUACAGUUACUUUAGGUAAGUUGUAAUAUAGUUUUGUAUAGUAUAUCAAUGGUGAACAAUACAUUGCAUGUAUAAAGAAACUCCCAAUGCUUAGUGUCCCUAUAAGCAACCAAAUAUAGUCGAUCCAGUUGCCCCAAAAACGCCGCAUUUUUGCUCAAGGAAAGCAAGAACAAUGAAAAUGAGUGCUUGGGACAAUUUGGGACGAUCACAUGUCCUUACUGUAUUAACCAUAAUGUCAGGUUACACUAAAGCUAAUUUGUAGUUUCGAUAAAAAUAUGGAAUAACCUUUUCUUAAUUCAAGACCUCUUACUUAUGGACAUUUUUCUCAUGUUCAGUAUUACAAUUAUUUAAGUACUCGAGAAGAAAAGAUUUACACUUGUUGAAUGUCAAUGAAACUAAUUUCAUCAAAAUGCGUUAUAUGUCUUUCGUUCGAGGUCUGCUUUCUCCAGAUGCAGAGUGUUUUCUGGACGUGACAACAGUGUAAAUAUAUUUAUUCAUUCACUUGUGUGAGCAAUAAAAAGGAA